AUGACAAUUGUAAACGUUGAGUUCCUUUCACUUAUUGCUGUUAAGUUCAGGUUCAAGUUGCAUAUAUUGAGUAAGAGAGGGGAAGUUACAGGAUGUCCUAAUGCAACUAGAGAAGUUAUUGCCAAGAUUAGAGAUGUUGAUAUAGUAAAGAAGAAAGAAAAGGUUCACAGGGGUCAGAUUGAUCUGAUGUAUGCAGCUGCUGAUUUUGAUGGAGAAUCUGGAGGCGACGAAGAUAUUGAGGUACAUGAGGUUGAAGCUGAUGUCAUUGUUCCAUCUAAAAGAAAAUUUAAAGGCAUAACUCUGCCGACGCCAUUUUACUAUCAUAUCCGUUCAACUCUCUUCAAUAUGCAACUUGAAGAAAUGAAGAAGUUUGUUGAGACGUUUAGACCACAUUGGAAGAGAUUUGGUUGUUCUAUUAUGUCUGAUGGUUGGACAAAUGGAAAGGGGCGUCAUCUUAUUAACUUCGUGGUAAAUUGUCCAAAAGGAUCAGUCUUCUUGAAGUCGGUGGAUGCAUCAUCACGAACGAAUGAUCAAUUUUACAUAGCUGAACUUGUUAAUGAGUUGAUUGAAGAUGUUGGGAUUGGUAAGAGAUUUGUUACAUACAAUUAUGCUCAUUUCCAAGUGUUAGAUUUGAUUAGAGAAAUGACAGGGAAGAAAGAGUUGCAUCGGUCUGCAAAGACUAGAUUUGGAACCCAAUAUUAUACACUUGAUAGCCUUCUUGAGCAUAAAAAUGCAUUGCAAAUGAUGUUUGUCAAUGAGAAGUGGACGCAGUCUAGUGUAGCUAAAGAAGUUGUGGGGAAAAUGAUUGUUAAGAUUGUUGCUAGCGGUGCAUUUUGGGCACAUUGUGAUUUCUCUUGUAAGGUGUUAAAACCUUUAGUAGAUGUUGUAAGAAUGGUGGAUAUCGAGCUGAAGCCAACCAUAGGUGUUAUAUAUGAAGUAAUGAGAUUGGCAAGGGAAAAGCUACAGAUAAAAUUUAGAGAAGAUAAAGGGACUUUGGACAAGAUAAUGGCUAUUAUUAAUGAAAGAUGGGAGGACCAGUUAGAUCACCCUCUCCAUGCAGCAACUUGGUACUUGAACCCUUUUAUAUUUUACAAGAUUUCGCAAGAAGAAAUGGACAAUAUCUCAAAGUAUGCGAAGCUAAAGAGGGGACUUUUAAAUGCAAUGGAAAAUCUCAAAACUGACAACAACGAACAUGAUAAGGCUAUAAAGCAGUUGAGAUUGUACAGUGAUGCAUAUGGAGCGUUAGGAACGCGAGCUGAAGUCAGAAGCAGGGAUACUACAACACCUUAUGAUUGGUGGAUCACUUACGGCGGGAUGGAUGUUCCAGAACUCCAAAAAUUUGCGAUAAAGGUCUUGAGCCAAACUUGUAGUGCUUCAUCGUGUGAGCGAAAUUGGAGCACAUUCGGCAAUAUGCAUACAAAGAGGCGCAAUCGUUUCUUACAACAGAAGUUGAAUGACUGUGUUUAUAUUCAAUACAACAAGAAAUUGCAGCGCAAAUAUGAAGAAAUACAAAGACAUAAUUCUGGGGGCCCUGGAAUCCCUAUUUUUUUGGAUGCACUUGAUGAAGAAGAUAACUGGUUGGACCCUGAGAACUUGAGUGAUUUGCUUCAUUAA